UAUUACGCGAACCGCAAACAGGAAGUGCGUGCAACAGCGUGCUGCGUGACUAAACGAAAUAUACACAUGUUGCUGGUCUGAAGAUUUAUCUGCCAAGCUACGAAAACGCCGAAAGCACGGUGACAGCAACAUGGCACCUACAGAUUUGAAAAAUUUGGUCAGAAGAUUUUAUGUACUUCAAGCUGAGCGUGUGGAGGCAUACAAGCUAUUUGAGGAGGGUCAUGAGGCGUAUUUAAGGACGGGGCCCCACUAUGACUUCGAGCACUACAAACAGCUGGUACAUGAGAUAACGAAAGCAUUCUGCGGCAUUUCCAAAGAGGUUCUGCAGAUUAAAGAGCAACUGCACCAAGACUUCGACCGGCCCGACCUCUCCGAACACAUUGACAAAAUGCAGAUUAAAGAGAAGGAGAAACUAGAGCUGACAGCUAAAUUACAGUUGGCCAAGCAGAAUGCCCAGGAUCACCCAGAAGAUGAGGAUUUCCAAGAGAAAGUCCGUGAGAUCAAACAGGAUAUCAUAAAGAAUUCAGCAGCUUUGAGUGAGAUUCUGCAAGACUUCAAGUACGACUCCGAGGAGCCGGAGUGAGAUUCAGUCAGUCUCAGGAGACAGAGAUGGAUUCAGAUCCUCUGUGAACUUUCCUUUCUAAUGAAGAGUCAUCUGAAGUAUCGAUCGCUCUCUCAGGCGUUGCAUAGACAGAGUGCAUUGCUGCUGCUGAUGCAGGCUUUGCAAUGCAGAUUUUUAUUAAAGAGAGUCUGGCAUUUUUUAUUUCAUUAUUUUUUAUACCUUCAGAAUAGCUUGUGACAUUUUGUUUGCUAAACCAACACAAUGUUAAUUUAAAGCAUUUAUCUGUUCAUUCUGAAUGUAAAUAACAUUCAUUAUUAUAUGCAUAAUAAUAAUAAUAUUCAGCAAAAGCUAAUGUUACAAAAUAUAUGAUUCCUUAAAUAUUUUGAAAAAUUUAUACAGAAAAAACUAUUUGUACAUAAUGAUACAGUAUUUACAUGAUGUUUUUGAACACAAGAUGACAAAAAAUAGCUAAUUGCAUUUCAAAUACCAAUUUAAACUUGAGUGUUUAACAAUUAAAGGGACAGUGCACUAAAA